UAUAUAAAAUUAGCGCACCUAUCUCGCUUUCUCUCUCAUCGACUUGCAGUUAGAGAGAGAAAAGGUCUCGCUUGCUUCAUCCAGAGAUCCCUAUUCCGAUACUGCUCCCUCAACGCCGGGAAUUUGCUUCUCUCCUCGACUUUCCCUUCAAUUGAGGCCGGAAAUUUAUCCGGUUCCACUGCCGGCCGAGCUUCCUUACGCCGCUGGAGUUUGUAGUCGUAAUUAGGGUUUUCAACUGAGUGAAUUGGGAGUUUUUGAGGAGGAUGAUAGUGAAGAAGAGCUUGAAAACGGUAAUGCCGAUUAUGAAACGGUGCCGAGUCGGUGACUCGGCCGGUGAUGACGACGACUUAUCGGUCAAUCGGAAGAAACGCAAAACUUCCAAUCAUUACUUUCCUCUGCAUCUCCUUGGAGAGGCCGCCGCCGGUAUAAUUCCAUUCAAUGGUUAUGGUGUUCAAAAAAUUGCCGCGGAGGCUCCAGUUGGAGGCGGCGGCGAGGCUUCGGAAUCGAGGUCUGAGCAGACGUCAAAAUCGAAGGAGGUAUCAAGGCCGCCGCUGGUGAGGACCUCGCGAGGGAGGGUCCAGGUAUUGCCUUCACGAUUCAAUGAUUCGAUUCUCGAUAAUUGGAAGAAAGAGAGUAAGAAUGCUGUUAGAGAGGAUACAGAAUAUGUUCCGGUGAAACAGAAGGACAAUAAAUCGAGCUCGAAACCCCUCAGGAUUCGCGGCGAUGCGAACGUUCCUAGGAAACAGAGCGAAUGCCGCAAGUUUUCGCCUCUGUCUGUGGAUGAGAUUGCGGAAUUGAGGAAUGAAGAUGGUUAUGAUGAUGAUGAGUGUAUAGAUAUGUCUAGUAUUGAUAGAUUGUAUAGUACCAAAGAUUUUGGUGAAGGUGAUAUAGUUUGGGCGAUACCUGGGAAGCAUUGUCCUGCUUGGCCUGCAAUCGUGCUCAAUCAUGAGUUGCAGGUGCCAACGCAAGUGUUCAACUAUCGGAUUGCUGGUGCAGUUUGCGUAAUGUUCUUUGGUUAUUCUGGCAACGGAACACAAAGGGACUAUGCAUGGAUUAAAAGCGGGAGGAUAUUUCCAUUUGUUGACUACGUGGACAGGUUCCAGGGGCAGACUGAACUCAAUGAUAGCAAGCCUGGUGAUCUUCGUUCUGCAAUAGAGGAGGCUUUUCUAGCUGAAAAUGGCUUCAACGAGAUGUUGAUGGUUGAAAUCAGUGCCGCAGCUGGCAAGUCGCACUAUCCUCACUCUCUUAGGAGACGGGUGUUUGAGGCUACUGGUUUAAAUCAGGAUCAGCAGUGCAGCUCUGCAGAACCGCAGGAUGCUCAUUUAAAGAAAGAAUCACAAUGUUGUGAAGCAUGUGGAACAAGCCUUGCUCCUUACUUGUCAAAGAAAGUAGUUCCUGGUACCAAUCGUCUAUGUACUUCUUGCACCAGGUUGAAAAAAAUGAAACACUAUUGUGGCAUAUGCAAAAAGAUUCGGAACCAAUCGGAUAAUGGAACAUGGGUGCGAUGUAAUGGUUGUAAAGUCUGGGUCCAUGCAGAGUGUGACAAAGUUUCGAAAAGAAAUUUCAAGGAUCUGGCAGCAAGUGAUUAUUACUGCCCUGAAUGCAAAGCUAGGUUCAAUUUUGAGCUAUCUGAUUCCGAAACUUUGCAGUCUAAAAACAAGAAAAAGAAUGGCAAAUUUGCAUUGCCUGACAAGGUUGCUGUCGUUUGCUGUGGUGUUGAGGGAAUUUACUAUCCAAGUCUCCAUUUAGUUGUUUGCAAGUGUGGGUGUUGUGGAAUGGAGAAGCAGGCACUUAGUGAAUGGGAACGGCACACGGGAUCGAAAACGAAGAACUGGAAAUCAAGUGUCAGGGUGAAAGGCUCCUUGCUGCCUCUUGAGCAAUGGAUGUUACAGAUGGCCGAAUGCCAUGAACGUAGCCUUGUUCCUGCUAAAUCUGUCAAGCGGCCUUCUCUCAAAGUGCGGAAGCAGAAGUUGCUGAAUUUCCUACAAGAGCACUAUGAACCUGUUUGUGCGAAGUGGACAACAGAAAGGUGUGCAGUAUGUCGUUGGGUUGAAGAUUGGGACUUCAACAAAAUUAUUAUUUGUAUUAGAUGUCAAAUAGCCGUUCAUCAAGAAUGCUAUGGAGCAAGACAUGUUAGUGAUUUUACUUCAUGGGUCUGUAGAGCCUGCGAAACACCUGAUAUUGAGAGGGAAUGUUGCCUCUGUCCUGUGAAAGGGGGUGCUUUGAAGCCUAUGGACAUUGCUCCUUUGUGGGUUCACAUCACUUGUGCUUGGUUUCAACCUGAAGUUUCUUUUGCAAGUGAUGAAAAGAUGGAGCCUGCCCUUGGAAUAUUGAGAAUUCCUUCAAGCUCUUUUGUGAAGAUCUGUGUGGUUUGCAAACAAAUCCACGGUUCUUGUACGCAAUGUUGCAAGUGUUCCACCUAUUACCAUGCAAUGUGCGCGUCAAGAGCAGGGUAUCGCAUGGAGUUGCAUUGCCUGGAGAAGAAUGGAAAACAAUUUACGAAAAUGGUUUCAUACUGUGCCUAUCACAGGGCUCCCAAUCCAGAUACAGUUUUGAUUGUAGAAACCCCAAAGGGGACUUUCUCUACCAAAAGCUUGCUUCAAAGUAAAAGACACAUGGGAGCAAGGUUAAUUUCAACUAGCAGAUUGAAACUUGAGGAACCUUCUCCAGAAGAUACUGAGGAGGUGGAUCCAUUUUCCGCCGCCAGAUGUCGCGUCUACAAAAGAACAAAAAAGCAGACAAGAAAGGAGGCCAUUCCUCACCAAAUUAUGGGGCCUCGUCAUCAUCCUAUGAGUGCAAUACUGAAUUUAAAUGCAAACAGAAAAAUAGAGAAGCCUAACUUCUCCACUUUCAGAGAACGGCUUCAUCAUUUACAGAAAACGGAAAAAGAUAAAGUGUGCUUUGGUCGAUCUGCAAUACAUGGAUGGGGCCUGUUUGCACGUAGGAACAUCCAGGAAGGAGAAAUGGUUGUUGAAUAUCGUGGUGAGCAGGUCAGACGCAGCGUUGCAGAUCUUAGAGAGGCUCGAUAUCGAGCACAGGGAAAAGACUGCUAUUUAUUCAAAAUAAGUGAAGAAGUUGUGGUAGAUGCCACAGAUGCAGGAAACAUCGCUCGGUUAAUAAACCACUCAUGUAUGCCCAACUGCUAUGCGAGGAUAAUGAGUGUGGGUGAUGGCGAAAGCAGAAUUGUACUCAUUGCUAAGAUGAAUGUGCCUGCUGGGGAUGAAUUAACGUAUGACUAUUUGUUUGAUCCUGAUGAACCUGAAGAAUUCAAAGUUCCCUGCAUGUGUAACGCUCCAAGUUGUCGAAAAUUCAUGAACUAGGUUACGCCGACAUAGCCAUUGUUUCCUUUGAAGGAACUCUAACUUGUUUCCUCUUUGCAGAAGACCUCACCAAUCAGUCUACUAACUUUGUAAAGUUUUUUUUUCUUUCUUUUUUUUGCUUCAAAGAAAAAUGUAAUUUUUCCCCUAUUUUGAGAGCAGUUUAGAGGGUUACAAAUAAUGGUCAUUGCUCAAUAGAGGGUAGAGCUUGAUGCAGUUUUGUGUGAAUCACAAGUAAGAAGCAUGUAGUUCAAGAAUGAUAUGGCAUCAUUUAUUGAAAAAAAUGUUUGUGAUGGACA